CUGGGAAUGCUAGUCGCUGGCUAGGAAAGCAUUGGAAAAGCAUUGCCUUUUUGGUAGAGCAAUAAUGGUGAACCGCAAAGUCGAUAUCGUUCUACUAGGAACGCUCUUCGUCUGUACCGCGCUGGUAGUUCACGCACUGGACAAUGGUCUAGCGCACCGACCACCGAUGGGUUGGAUGAGCUGGGAGCGAUACCGGUGCAUAACGGACUGCAGCAAGUAUCCGGAUGAGUGCAUCAGCGAGGCACUGUUCAAACGCAUGGCUGACUUGAUGGUUUCCGAGGGCUACCGGGACGCUGGCUACGAGUACGUGAACAUCGACGACUGCUGGAUGGCGGACGAGCGCGAUGAGGAUGGUGUGCUGCAACCGAACAAGGAACGGUUCCCCAACGGAAUCAAACAUUUGGCUGACUAUAUCCACGAGCGUGGCCUUAAGUUUGGCAUCUAUCAGGACAUUGGCACGAAAACGUGCGCCGGCUACCCAGGGAUGGUGGGCUACUUCAAGCUGGAUGCUGAGACGUUCGCCGAUUGGGGUGUGGACUUUAUCAAAAUCGAUGGAUGCUACGCGGACGUCGAGCUGAUGGUGAAUGAUUACAUCAAGUUUGGUGAGUACAUGAACCGGACGGGUCGCCCGAUACUGUACUCUUGCUCGUGGCCCGCCUACCAGGAGUAUGAUGGAAUCAUCCCCGAUUACGAUCAGCUGAAGGAAACCUGCAACAUGUGGCGUAACUGGGGUGACAUCGAGGAUUCGCACCAGUCGGUGGUGGAGAUUACGAAAUACUUUUCCGAUCAUCAAAACAGAAUCGUGCCGCACCACGGACCGGGGCACUGGAACGAUCCCGAUACGCUUAUCCUGGGCAAUUAUGGGCUGAGCUACGAUCAGAGCAAAUCGCAGCUGGCCGUUUGGACCGUCAUGGGCGCACCGCUGCUCAUAUCGAACGAUCUGGCGAAGGUACGGCCGGAGAUAAAGGAGCUGCUGCUGAACAAAGCCAUCAUAAGGGUGAACCAAGAUCCGCUCGGCAUUCAGGGAAGGCUGGUGAAGACGGUCAACAAGAUAGAGAUCUGGAAACGGCCCAUCACGCCCCGGGUGGGUCACGAGCUGACGCAAGCGAUCGCGUUCGUUUCACGCCGGGCCGACGGUGCACCGUACCCGCUGCGCGUGAAGCUGCAGGAAGACGUCGGCCUUAGCAAUAGCACCAACAUCAAGGGCUACAAAGUUUACGAUCUGUUCGAUUCAAAGGCGGCUCCAUUGCUGGUGCGCGCCGGCAGCACGUUCGAGACAAGAAUCAACCCAACCGGGGCCAAUCUGUACCGCUUUGUGCCGCAGUUUGGGACGAAUUUUAUCAGCUUCUAAGGGGUUGGAGACGCAUUAGAUAUGUAUUACCCUAACUGUAGAUCGUAAGACUGAUAAUGAAGGAAAGAGAGAGAGUGGAUGUUUGUGCCUGAAAGUAAGAUGAGCGGCAAGAAUCCAUUGCAAAGAACGAAAGCGAAGCGUUAUUAGGGUAGCAACAGAAGCAGCAUGCUAGAAGCGCCCUCCCAUCCGGUUUCUUUGUUCUACACGAGGGAUGUACACACGGUAAGGUCUUCCAGCAAGUGUCAAGGUCAGUAUGCGCGCACUGUUGCAUCGAUGUAUCCCGUAUGGACGAACGAAACGAAACGAAAUGCUUCCCUUGGUUUACCACACAAAACGAUUCCCACGCAACGAUACUGCGCCCGCGGACAGGGCAGUACUGCUUACUUGCGUUUUCCUCUCCUCCCUGUUUUUUUCUCGUUCUGUUCUGUCUUCCGCGCUCUGGAUGGGAGAGCUGGAAGUUGGUCUUGGUUUCUAUCAUCAUCUUCCACGGGCUGCAACGUACCGGCAAACGUUGUUUGUGUGAAUUAGACUGCAUAAAUUAAGCCAUUCGCGCAAACACACAGCACUACCAACUCUCUAUCUUUCUCGCGCAAAUGCUUGACGCGCACCGGUAGGACGUUCGCGUGCAACCUUUCCCCAGCGUUUCGAACUAGCACCGAUUGCUUCCGCUGCUGAGCACACGUUGAGUGAUUCCAAUUAAAUCGCUUUAUAAACACACAGCCCCUUACCGAGAGAGAGAGAGAGAGAGAGAAAGAGAGGGAUGGAAAGAAGAAAAUGGCCAAACGCUCGCGCGCCACGUGGCACUUGCCCGUUUGAUUGCGUUUCCCUUUUGUUUUACACCCGUGUGGCGCAGAGAGUGCGGCGAGGAAAGAAAUGGACAAACUGUGGUUCAUCAGAAGAUCGAAACAAACUGGUUGCUGGUACGAUUAAAAGUAAAACUCGUAAACUACA